AUGGCUUCAUUGACUCCAUUUACGAUUAAUUGGGUUUAAAGCCAGUACCUAAACAGAAGAAGGACCAUGAAACAAGUACAAAACUUUUAAAAUUACCGGAUUCUCAUCAAGUGA